CGCAGCUACCUGUGACAUGCAAGGACUGAGAACGAGAUCAACUAGAUUAGGCGCUGGCGCCUUCCUUAAGAUUGACGCACUUAUCGCACUCGUGUGAAAGUUCGUCUAUCGACUACAACGAACCCGCAGCCGCAAGCCCUUCGUGAUCAUAGUUAGAGCUGGUUGAUGAAGACCGGCUAGAUCUUCUAGCAUUAAAGAAUUUAUUAUUGUUCAUUUUGUACAGGCUCUACAAUUUACAUCUAUUCACGUCCGACCACUUUCCAGCAGUGCAGGUGUCUUGUUGCUUGUCAACUCUGCACCUGUUGCUGCUCAAUUAUUCUACAAUGCACAGACUAGGACCGUUUAUUAUUAUUGAACCUGGAGUGGAAGACUUUUUAUUUCAAUUGAGAAGUACGUAGUUCGAUAUUAAGGCAUGGAAAGUUUGGUCUUGAUUUAAUGAGUUCCCUUCUCAUGGUAUUAGUUUCAUUUUCUUGCUCAUGUUCGUCAACUACAUUCAUAAGCGUGCAAACGUAGACUUCCUAUCGCCUCAUCAUAGUCAACAUCAACGCACGUUGUCGCAUUUUCUUGAUCGCUCGCGUUCCUAGUAGGUCUGCUACCUCCUUAACGUUUUUGCCUGAUGAUGAUAUUCGCAGCUGGCAGCUCCCUCGGGACGCUCAGUGCUAACCUACCUAUCAUGCCUUAACUUCAGACUUCCUACUUUGAUUUGAGGGCAUAUCAUGAGAGAAGCCAUCCACUCGCUACAACAAUCAACAACCCACCCCCCACAGCAAGACAGUCUGAGCCUGGUCGUGCCCGUUUUAUCAGCUCUUGAUGGGAUGGAGCUGCGAGCGGAGAAGCAGGCUGGUGAU